UAGAGCUCUCCCCAUCCUGGGGCCUACGGGGUUGUGACUAGCACAGGACUACAAGUUCCAGCAUGCCGUGCGGGGGCGAGGCCGUACCAUAUGCGGGGAGGAGGUCUCUGUUUUCUCCGGGUAAAAGCAUCGAGGUGCCGGGAAGCCGUGGUCGCCAGCAUGGCCAGAAGGGCCUUGAAAUUUGUCUCUCUGGCAGCAGCCAGCUCUGGUUUCUACCUAUACAGCAGCAAGUACCUGGAUCCCAAUGAUUUUGGAGCUGUUCGGGUGGGCAGAGCCAUUGCCACAACAGCUGUUAUCACCUAUGACUACCUCACUGCUCUCCGGAGUGUCCCGUAUGGAUCACAGGAGUAUGCCUACCUCAAAUCACAGGUGCAUCUGCGCUCUGCGGAACGCCUCCGGGACCUGUGCUGUGCCAACAGAGGCACCUUCAUCAAAGUGGGACAGCAUCUGGGGGCACUCGACUACCUUCUGCCUGAGGAGUACACUCGCACCCUGAAGGUACUACACAGCCAGGCCCCUCAGAGCAGCAUGCAGGAGAUUGAACAAGUGAUCCGUGAGGACCUGGGCAAAGAGAUCAAAGAGCUCUUUGUGAGUUUUGAGGACACUCCCCUGGGAGCAGCAUCCCUGGCCCAGGUCCACAAGGCAGUGCUGCAGGAUGGGAGGACAGUGGCAGUGAAAGUCCAGCACCCGAAGGUUCAGGCUCAGUGCUCCAAGGACAUUUUGUUGAUAGAGAUUCUCCUGCUGACCGUGAAGCAGAUCUUCCCAGACUUUGAGUUCAUGUGGCUGGUGGAUGAAGCUAAGAAGAAUUUGCCCCUGGAGUUGGACUUCCUCAAUGAGGGGAGGAAUGCAGAAAAGGUGGCCCACAUGCUCAAGGACUUUGACUUCCUGAAGGUCCCUAGGAUCUACUGGGAGCUGUCAACCAGGCGCGUCCUUCUCAUGGAGUUUGUGGAAGGCGGGCAGGUGAAUGACAGGGCCUAUAUGGAGAGGAACAGCAUCGACGUCAAUGAGAUCUCUCGCAAUCUGGGGAAGAUGUACAGUGAAAUGAUCUUUGUGAACGGCUUCGUACACUGUGACCCGCACCCGGGCAACGUGCUCGUGAGGAAGUGCCCAGCCACUGGCAAGGCCCACAUUAUAUUGCUGGACCAUGGGCUCUACCAGGUCCUGACAGAGAAGUUCCGCUUGGACUAUUGCCGGCUCUGGCAGUCCCUGAUCAAGGCUGAUAUGAAGAGGGUGCAGAAGUACAGCCGACGGCUAGGGGCAGGUGACCUGUACCCACUCUUCGCAUGCAUGCUCACUGCCAGGUCCUGGGACUCUGUCAACAGGGGCAUCGACCGGUCACCGGUCACAGCCAAUGAGGACGUGGAGAUCCGGACCAAUGCUGCUGCUUACCUACCUCAGAUCAACAAGCUCCUCAACAAUGUGCCCCGCCAGAUGCUGCUGCUGCUGAAGACCAAUGAUCUGCUAAGGGGGAUUGAGUCAGCCCUACACACACGGGCCAGUGCCAGCUCCUUCCUCAACAUGUCUCGCUGCUGCAUUAGAGCCGUCGCCACGUAUCAGAGGAGCAAGUCUCACUCCCUGUACAGAAAGGCCAAGAUCUCUCUCUUAGAAGCUCUGAGCCUGUGGCAGAUCAACUUAUAUGAACUCUUCCUGCGGCUGAAGGGGUCCCGGCUGGGGAACUGGGUCAUUGCUUUCCUGAGCCGGAUGCACCAUUCUCCGUACUGACAGGAACUGGUGGGAGAAGCCUGGGCAAUUAUUGCUCGCCUCCAUUCUCCGCAGCACACUUGCCUUCCUGACCAUUCCUGUCCGUACUCCACAAAGGCUAUUGAGACGCUUUUCUUGUAACGCAUGGUGCCGGCCUUGGCUGUCAGAGCAUAAGCUUCUCUAUAGCAGAGAGGGAGGGGAGAGCAGGGGCUCUGGGAGUCAGGACUCCUGAGUUCUAUUUUAGCAAUGAGAGAGGUGGGAGUAUGAUCUAGUGGGCAGGGCAGGUGGCCUGGGAGUCUCUCUGUUCCCAACUCUGGGAAGUACCAUUAUGGAAACAUCCUGUAGACUUGAAUAGGAAAGGAGAACUUUUUCUAGCCCCUACCCCUUUUAAACCAUCCUAUGGCAUUUAAGAGAAAUGCAUCCCUGCCUUAGAAUUCUCCAGGAUGGUUCAAACCCCCUAGAGAGGAAAUCAUUCCUUAUGGAAUCCAAUAGGGUUUUCAGUAGUUUGUACAAAAUCCUAUUGGUUUAAUGCCUGUGAAAUCGACAGGAAUUUUCUCUAAGGGGAGAAUGAUCUAGUAGCAGGGGACUGUGAGCCAGGACUCCUGGGUACUAUUCCCAGCUCUGAGAGGGAAUGGAAACUAAUGGUGAGAGCAAGGGUCUGGAAGCCAGGAUUUUUCUGGGUUCUGUUCCCAGCUCUGCUAUGGAGUCACUGUGUCAUUCUGGGCAAGUGCUUUCCUUUCCUCAGUUUCCCCAUGUGUAACAUGGAGGUAAUGCUACAAACCCUCCUGAACGGCUCAGGGAGCAGGUGCUGUGGAAUCUCAUCUGAGAACUCACAUCUUGUGGCUGGUGAUGUAUGUGCACUGUACUGUACUGUCACACAGGAAAAUAAAUAGGGUGUCAUGUUGGA